UUGAUGCACAGCGGCCCCACGUGUGUCUAUGGACGCAGCGUAAUCAAAAUUGGUCGGAAGUCGUGUGCUGUGCUGUCCUGUGCAGUAAUUAAAUGUUAGAAUAAUCUUUAUUUUCUGUGUUGUAACAAACAUGUCUUCUGCUUUCAGGAAAGCUUUAAAAUCCCAGCAGCGGAACCACAGAGAGAGGUCUCAGCCUGGUUUCAGAAAACAUCUUGGCUUCUUGGAGAAAAAGAAAGACUACAAGGUCCGAGCUAAUGAUUACCACAGUAAACAGAACCAGCUCAGGGCGCUGCGCAGAAAGGCCCUGGAGAAGAACCCAGAUGAGUUCUAUCACAAGAUGAUCAGCAAUAAGCUCAAGGAUGGGGUUCAUGUUCUUAGUCAUUCCAAGGAGGAGAUGACAGAGGAGCAGCUGAAGGUGAUGAGAACGCAGGACAUCAAGUAUGUGGAAAUGAAGAGAGUCGCUGAAGGAAAGAAAAUAGAAAGACAAAAAUCUGAGCUCCAUCUGCUUGAAGCUGAAGGGAAACAAAACAACAAGCACACGUUCUUCUUAAAUACAAAAAAAGAAGGUGAGGAGUUUGACUUGGCAAAACACUUUAACACAGACCCUGCACUAGUGGACAGAGUGUACAACAGGCCAACCAUAGAAACUCUGCAGAAGGAGACCAUCAAAGGAGCUACUGGACCAGAAGUAUUAAAGGAACUAGCCAUUCAACGAAAGCAUCAGUAUACCGUUCUGAAGCAGAGGAUUGAAAGGGAAAAGAAGAUGUUUGUAAUCGUACAGAAGAUUCAAACCCGAAAAGAUCUAGCAGAUAAGGUCAACAAAGUGAAGGUGAAGAAUGAAACUGUCAACAGUCCAGCUAUUUAUAAAUUUAAGCCACAGAGGAAACGCUGAGUACUUGUAGUAACAGGUCAGAGAGCACAGAUAUAUGUAAUGAACUGAGUAUUGUGUAUGUGUUUAUGGUUGGAUUAACUGUGGACAUUAUUCAACAUUUGGUUUGAAUCCUAAUGUAGCAGUGCUGAAAACCACUGUAUUUAUAUUAUGUAUUUGGAACAAUGGAUGAUCCAUUGUUCCAUGGAUCAAUAAAUGCUUUCAACAAAUAAGUCAUACCUUUUCACAGGCUUUUUGCUUCUUUAAAAGGGCCUAAUCGCUAAAAAUAAUAAAUGCUCUUGUCAUCCAGCAGAUGGCAGUAGAGUUGUUUUGUCGGAAUUUAAAAAUAAAUAAAUAAAUAAAGCAAACAAAACAGUUA